CGGAACGGCGGGUGUACUGAGUUCAUUGUGGGCUCUGGCGAUGGGUAGAUGCGGGCUCGCUGGAGUCGUUCAACUUUUAUUGGAAUGUUUCAUAAUAAAAGGUUGGAGGGGGGAAAAAAGAUAUUUGACUGCAACUAGUUAGGACGACUGCUUAUCUCCACUGCUUCCAUGAGCCUUGCCUCCUUUCCCCCAGGAUGUCCACUUAAUACAGUGGGUUCUUCUAGAUUUUGCUUUGACUUCAGUAUUCGCCUGUUUUCUAAAAAUGUCUAGUUGGUUGUGGUUUCUUUUGCAUUCUAGAUACCUAUUUCCGUUCCCAUUUUGACAUUCUCCAAAACCAUUGACACCCUGUGGCGGGAAGGGGUCCCAGGUGGAGAUCAAGGGCGCGCUGGUGACUCCGCCUCGGCGCCCGGCACCGGGGGGAUGGCCACGUGGUCCUGCCGCCAUCUUUCUUUCUGGCGGACACUCCGGACGGUGGCGUCCCCGCCCCAUUGCGCAGGCGCUUUGCGGGGCGUGCUUCCGGCCGCCGUGGUCGCCUUCUCAGCAUGGCAUCCGUGCUGGUGACGAAGAUGCUGGCGUCCGCCCUGAGCCCGCUGCUCCGUCGGAGGCCUCCCCCGGCGAUGCCCCGCGCGCUCUCCACUCUGCUGCCCGGACCCCUUCACGCUGCAGGUGCCGCUGGUGCGAAGCCCAGGGCGUGGGGGCCCGCGGGGCUGCCCGGCCGCCUGCUGCCCGGCCUGCAGCUGCCCGGCCUGCAGCUUGCCCUGGGGUUCAAGACCAAGGGCGUCAUCAAGGAGCGCUGCAAGGACUGUUACCGGGUGAAGAGGCGCGGGCGCUGGUUCAUCUACUGCAAAACGAACCCAAAGCACAAGCAGAGGCAGAUGUAGUUCCGGUCACUAAAAGAACGUGCAGAACUGCAUCACUUCCUUGAGGAAUGGUCCCUCCUAUCGAAAGAAAAAUAAAACGUAAACACUGCCUAA